CUCAGGCACCGUGCCCAUCCCCCUUGCCAUGUGGGAGCUGCGGUCUGCCUCCUUCUGGAGGGCCAUAUUUGCUGAGUUCUUCGCUACCCUCUUCUAUGUCUUCUUUGGGCUUGGGGCCUCACUGCGCUGGGCCCCCGGACCCCUGCACAUCCUGCAGGUGGCUUUGGCCUUUGGCCUGGCCCUGGCUACAUUGGUGCAGACAGUGGGCCACAUCAGCGGAGCCCACGUCAACCCUGCGGUCACUUUCGCCUUCCUUGUGGGCUCCCAGAUGUCCCUGCUCCGAGCCUUCUGCUACAUGGCAGCCCAGCUCCUGGGAGCUGUGGCUGGGGCUGCUGUGCUGUAUAGUGUUACCCCGCCCGCUGUCCGCGGAAACCUAGCACUCAACACGUUGCACGCGGGGGUGAGCGUGGGCCAGGCUACCACAGUGGAGAUCUUCCUGACGCUCCAGUUCGUGCUCUGCAUCUUUGCCACGUACGACGAGAGGCGGAACGGCCGCCUGGGCUCCGUCGCUCUGGCUGUCGGUUUCUCCCUCACCCUGGGGCACCUCUUCGGGAUGUAUUAUACUGGUGCAGGCAUGAAUCCUGCCCGCUCCUUUGCUCCUGCCAUUCUUACUCGGAACUUCACCAACCACUGGGUGUACUGGGUGGGCCCAAUCAUUGGAGCGGGUCUGGGCAGCCUUCUCUACGACUUUCUGCUCUUCCCCCGGCUCAAGAGCGUUUCUGAGAGACUGUCUAUCCUCAAGGGUGCCAGACCCAGUGAUGCCAAUGGACAGCCAGAGGGCACAGGGGAACCUGUGGAACUGAAGACCCAGGCCCUGUAAAAGUUCCCGCGGGACAGGGGGAGUAGAAAGCUUCUGGGUUUCGGUGGAGGGGACGAGCCAGUCCCCGGAAGAAGAAUGAGACUGUGGGGAGGGGCAUGUACUUCUUUCUUUUUUAACUUAUGUGCGUGUUUCCCCCCUUUUGCUGUGUGAAAUCUUUCAAGUUGCAUUCAUGAGCUGGUUGGUGCCAACUUCCCUUCCUCCCCAUCCCACCUUCCUCCGCCGUGUGUGCAAGAUUGUGCGUAUGCAUGUGGCUGGGCGUGGCCAUGUCAGAAUUUGGGGGCACAGGAGCUAGGGAAGGGAAAAGAGGUGCCAACAUAUAUGUCCCUCCUCCAGCCCAGUGUGGUGAGCGCAGGGAACCUUAGGGUUAGGCCUCUGGGCUUUACCUGGCUUCUAUUCAAGUUUAUGGCUCUUGAUUUCUGAGGGAGCAGGGAGGUAGGGAGUUACUCCUCCCAGGAGGCAGACGGACAGAGGUGAAGACAAAGCGUUGCCAUGUUUGGGAGAAAGCACCCAAAGGGGUGGUGGUGGAGGUAGUAGCUCCAGAUCAACAUGCAAGUGUACCUACAAGGUUUGGGGGAGUUAGUGGGAGAAUGUAGCCAACUUAUCUCAGGGAUGCUGGUCCCAGGGACUUGGGUGCGGAAGUGGCUCUGAGAAAAGUGAACACUGGGAUUUGAGCUGUUGUGUAAAGCCACAUAAACCUGUCUA